GCAGUCUGAUGCGGGGGGUAACCCAUUUAUCUUGGGGGUCAACAAGACAGCUGUACCAUUCUGUCUGAGAAGUGAUGCCACGCUUGGUUUCAUGAGUACUAGCUCGUCUACGCCAUGGACACAAAUGCUAGGAGGUGCGAAGUACUACAGUUGCGAACCCCUUGGGUGCUGGGCAGUCAACAACCAAGAACAAAUCUUCUUCAUGAAUGUAAGGUAUGGGAGAAAGUCCUUAACACUGGAUUAGAUGGGCUAGAUACACUUUCAAUUAUAUUAAAAUGGUUUAUUAUAACAGUUAAGGUUAGAGUAGAAAUUGUGCUACUCACCAAUGACUUUGCUUCUAAAACCCUGAUUGACUGCAUGUGUUUGUUUCCAGGGUGUGAACUCAAAACCCUGCCAAAACAAAGCUAGUUUCCGGCAGCCUUUCCUUGAUUGAGGUGACAACUGAUGGCAGUGUCUUCAGAGUCAACAAGGCAGGCCAGAUCCUUAACAGGUAAGGUUGCUACGUAAAGCUACAAUCUGGGAGUUGUGUUCAGCCCAACGGGAGCCUUGAAGUUACAAUCUGUGAUUUGGGAAGCUGUUUAAUGGUAAUUUAAAUUAUUGAUAAUUACCCAUUGAUUAUCGAAGAUUAUAAACUGGGUGGUUACAGCCCUGAAUGCUGAUUGGCUGAAAGCUGUAGUAUAUCAGACUAUAUACCACGGGUAUGACAACACCUGACUUUUUACUGUUCUAAUUACGCUGGUAACCAGUUUAUACUAAAAAUAAGGUAUAUGGCCAAUAUACCACGGCUAAGACCUGAAUCCAGGCACUCCGAAUUGCGUUGUGCAUAAGAACAGCCCUUAGCCGUGGUAUAUUGGCCAUAUACCACACCCCCUUGGGCCUUAUUGCUUAAAUAUAACUUAAAGAUGUCGCAUGAGCUUGGUUCAACUGUCUUUCUUUAUCCUAACCCAAAAUACAAGGUUUUAUUAAUACAAUGUUUACAGAAUGUAAACAAAAAAUAUAUAUUGGAUGACAUAGACUGUCAAUCCUUGCAUCUAAAGAGCUGUCUAUACAUUUGAGAGGGGUUACAAUUCCCUAACCCUCCCUCAGCAGUAUACAAAAACAAGUGCUGUUUGGUUGUUUUUUUGAAUCCCAGAAUGUAGCUUUGAGAUGGAGCUGGAGAAAUGGAACCACCCUCAAAUUCAUAGACAAUGCUUUGGUUGCAAGGACUGACAGUCCCUGAGAUGAGCAUGAUAGCUUUAACCAGGUUUUGAAACUAUACAUUGUUUGUUUACAAAGGCACUGUUUACAAACAAUGCCGUAAAACAGUCUUAUAUUUUGAUUUAUGAUAGGGAAGACAGAUGUACUAAACCUGUACUAUACGUUUAUUCUUCAAUGGGUAUAUAUCAUUCAUUUGAAUGAUAUAAAAAACGGCUGCAAAUAUCCCAGACUGCUCCUUUAACUAUGUGGUCAAACUGAGGGGGUCACAGAUUGUAACAAACCCAACCAACGUAUUAACACGAUGAGAAAAUCAGAUGAGACAACCAGUAUGACGCAUGAAUAAGGAAGGUCAAUAACUACUUUUGACAGGUAAUUUGAUCUCCAAUUAAAAAGUUUUCCCUCUCUUUUACCUAGACGUGGCGUCACAGCCAAUCAACUGGAGGGAACUAGCUGGACCAUCAUCUCA